AUGGUUAUAGAAGAUACACUCUUCAUAAUAAUUGAUAUAAGAAGUCUAAUUGGAAUUUAUUAUAAUGAUGAUCAAAUUAAGAGAAAUAAUUUUUUAUCCUUAUCAGGAAGAUCAGUUUGGGACUCUAUUAUCUCUUUUAUUCGUUUAUAUGGUUUAAGUAGUAGUCAAAGAAAAAGGACUUGUAUUUAUAUCUGUUCAUCUUCUGAUGUAAUUAUAUUAUAUAAUGGAUUUAUUUCUGAUCUUACAAAUAAUAUUAUAUCAAAUAUACUACCUAAACUUAGUAAUAUAUGUUAUAAUUAUCAGAAUAUAUCCGAGGAUGAUAUACAACUUGCUAGUGGUAUCUCUAUAUGCCUUUGUAAAAUAAACUCAGAUAGGAAAUUGCAUAGUAAAAAUAGAACAAAUAAGGAUCGUAUUUUAUUAUUUGAUGCUUCAAAUGAGAAAUCAUAUAUAAAUCAAUAUGUACUAUUGAUUAAUUCCAGUUAUGCAGCUUUAAAAUUAGAUGUAAUAAUAGAUGUAUGUAGUAUUAGUAGUAAUCCUUCAAGAUUACUAUACAAUGUUGUUGAUAUUUCUAAAGGAAUCUACAUAAAUUAUAGCUCUAUUAUAAAAAAUGUCAGUAGUAAAAUUGACGAUAAAAGUCAUAUACAAGAUGGAUUAUUACCAUUUAUAAUAUUCCAUCUUUUACCCUCAGCUGAACUUCGAGCUAAUUCCUUAAUAAACUUAUCAACAAAAUCUAGACACUCUGGUAUUUCAGUAUGUUUCUGUCAUUAUAAGAAAGUUGAAGUAGGGUUUAUUUGCUCUUCUUGUUUGGCUAUAUUUUGUUCUUUAUUUAGAGCUCCUAUAUGUGCAGCUUGUGGUGCAAGGUUUAAACGUGUUCCAAUUCAACAAAAGCCAUUAAGUUAUUUAAAUAUUGAAGAUGGAGAUGGAAUAUUUUAA